CAUGAAAAUUCUUGCCAUCGGUCCGAAGGUCUGUGAAUUUUUUCAAAAUUUUUUAUCACCGCACUCGCGAAUGGUUAUAUCUUGAAAUUUCGAAGUGGGAGCGGUUGGUGUAAUUCUCUCGUUUUUCAGGAUGAUCGGAGCCAUGCCAGCGGUGGCUGUCCGCCACGAGCGACGCCGACAAGAAAAGAGGCUAAAGCGUCCCAGCCAGCUAUACCUAGGUGGUCAAUGGAUGCCACCGCCGCCAGGAUCACCGCCAACGCCGAGUCCCCACGGCCCCAAUAGUCACCUAGAACCCUUGCCGGAGUUAUACCUAUGCGGAAAGAUAUCCGGUCUCCACGCAGUCGUCGUAUGCCUUCUUCUCGGAGCCGUCGUCCUGGUCGUUGGUCUGGUCCAGCUGGCGCCUGGAGCGACGACGACCGACCACAGACUCGUCCUCCUCGUAGCCGGGGCGGCUCUCCUUUUACUGGGCAUCGCCCUGGCAGGUGUGAGAUGUUACGUACUUCACUGCAUGCCUUUGCCGGCCCAGCUUUCCCCAGUGGCAACCCCUGUACCUCCGGUCGUCACAGACCCGCCGGCAAGAGGCGGGACUCUGGACCUGCUGGUCGGUCAUCAGAAUCAAAAUCUCCACCAAAACACUCCGGAAUUAGACGCGCUUAUGCAGACGGAGAACCAGAACCAACAUCACCAUCAUCAUCAUCAUCAUCACCACGGUAACCACAAGAAGAAGCGAAGUUCCCAGGGUUCUCAUACAGAGGAAGCUUAAUGGGGGUAGUGUGAUCGAAUUCCUCGGUAUAAUCGAACGUCAA